UCCCAAAAGGAAAUUUAGUACGCUCACACUUGACACGUCUUCGGUUACCCUCAACGAACGGCUCGAAUCUCUUUAACGCCGGAGCACUUGGCGAUGAGGCUGAUAGUUCCUCUCCAGGGAGUGGUUCAAGGCCGCGGAGGCCUCUUCGUCGGCUCUCUCAUCCCUUGCUGCCUCUUCUACUUCCUCCAGCUCUACCUCAAACGACGCCGUUCUCCUCCUCCUCCUCCUCCUGAUUCCGACUCGACGGAGUUACCAAGGACCUCGUCUCGGUCCAGCCUCUUCACCCGCGGGAACUCCAUCGGACGUGUCCGAGUCUCCUCCAGAGCGGCUCCUCUCGCCAAGCCUCCCGAUUCGCCGUACUAUAUAGGGUUGGAGAGAGUCAAGACCGAUCCGUACGAUCGGGUUAGUAAUAGGGAUGGGAUUAUCCAGCUUGGUUUGGCUGAGAGCACGCUGUGCUUUGACUUGCUUCAGAGAUGGAUGUCUGAUAAUCUGAUGGAGUCUUUGAUGAUUCAAUCUGAUGUUGAUGGUGGAUUCGAUGUCAGUAGCAUCGCCAUGUAUCAACCUUUCGAAGGGUUGCUAGAGGCUUUUGCUGAUUUCAUGUCACGAAUAAUGGGAGGCAACGUGUCCUUUGACCCUUCAAACAUGGUGAUCACAGCUGGUGGGACUCCUGCUGUCGAAGUAUUGGCCUUCUGCUUGGCUGAUCAUGGAAACGCUUUUCUCAUUCCCUCCCCUUAUUAUCCAGGCUUUGACAGAGAUAUUAAGUUCAGGACAGGAAUCGAGCUUAUACCAGUACACUGCCGUAGCUCCGACAAUUUCACUGUAACGGUUUCUGCGCUUGAACAAUCCUUGAAUCAAGCUAGAAAGCGAGGGAGUAAGGUUUCCGGCAUCCUCUUUUCGAACCCUUCAAACCCUGUUGGCAACAUACUCUCAAGAGAGACUCUACACGCUAUUUUGAGCUUUGCUCAGGAGAAGAACAUCCACGUCAUCUCUGACGAGAUAUUCGCCGGUUCUGUUUACGGGGACAAGGAGUUUGUUAGCUUGGCGGAGGUAGCUGCCUCGGGGGAUUUCGAUAAGAGUAGGGUUCAUAUCAUCUACGGCUUGUCCAAAGACCUUUCUCUUCCCGGUUUUAGAACUGGAGUCAUCUAUUCCUUUCAUGAAGACGUUGUAAGCGCGGCCAAGAAGCUGAUGAGAUUUUGUUCUAUGCCAGUUCCAGUACAGAGGAUACUCAUCUCUCUGCUGUCGGAUACAAGGUUUAUCGAGGAAUACAUGGCGGCCCACAAGCAGAGGAUCAGAGAUAAGCAUUUUCUCUUUGUGGAAGGUUUGAAGCAGUUAGGGAUUCCGUGUGCUGAGAGUGGUGGUGGGUUGUAUUGUUGGGUUGACAUGAGCAGUUUGCUGACGUCUUACAGCCAGAAAGGGGAACUCGAGUUGUUUGAGAAGCUAUUGAGUGUUGCUAAGAUUAAUGCCACUCCUGGAACAGCCUGUUAUUGUAUAGAACCGGGUUGGUUCAGGUGCUGUUUUACUGCUUUGGCUGAUGAAGACAUCCCAGUGAUCAUGGAACGGAUCAAACUGCUUGCUGAAUCAUCCACAUCUUGAGGCCAAGUUAGAUUUUGGGUUAGUAAGCCAUUGUUACACAUUCUUUUCGCAAGUUAGUUCU